UUUCACGACCGGUGCCGACAAAAACCACCUCUUUUUCUCAUUGGUGACGCCGUUAGUCUGUGACAAUGCAGACAACGCCCUAAAAUAAAAAAACUUGAACGCCCCUAACUUCACAACCAAUCAUAAAUACGUAUUCCAGUCGUAUAUUUGACAGACGUUAUCUUCCUCCAAUCCUCUUAAAAACACCCUGGAUAUUAACAUCAAAACUACGUCAUCAUCAAGACAUUCGUACUGGAAAUGAGUUUUCACUACGGACAGGGUUACCCUGCACAAGGGCAUAACUACCCAGGCCAGCACCCCCCUCCUGGGGGUCAGGUACCCCCAGGAGCCCCCUACGGGGGUGGGAUGCCCCCCGGAGGUCCUGCAGGGCAGUAUGGGGGCCCAACUGCCCCAGGCUACAACCCGUAUGGGGGCACAGCGCCUCCACAUGGAGGGCAGUACCCUGCAGGCCAAGCUCCUGGUGCCCCCCACGGAUCGUACCCAUCCCCGUUUGGGGCCGGCAGGGGCGCUCCUGGGGCCCCCUAUGGGGGGCCACUCCCCGCAGGAGGAAAUUUCGGGGGACAGGCUCCUGGGGCGCCAUACGGGGGUUACGGACAGCCCCAGGGGGGUCACUACGGCCAGCAUCCUCCAGCAGGUAACAUCCCUCCAGGUGUGAGCUCGGAGGCCUAUCAGUGGUUCCAGUCUGUAGACACAGACCACAGCGGCAGCAUCAACCUGAAAGAGCUGAAACAGGCCCUGCUCAACUCCAACAACUCCACCUUCAAUGACGAGACCUGCCUCAUGAUGCUCAACAUGUUCGAUAAGACUGGCUCCGGCCGCAUGGACGUCUUCGGCUUCUCCGCGCUCUGGGCCUUCAUGCAGCAGUGGAGAGGCCUGUUCCAGCAGUUCGACCGCGACCGCUCUGGGUCCAUCAGCGGUAACGAGCUGCAGCAGGCUCUGGCGCAGUUGGGGUACAGCCUGAGCCCGCAGUUUGCGCAGGGCCUGGUGGGGCGUUUUUCGGGCCGGGGAGGGCAGGGGGCCCUGCAGCUGGACAGCUUCCUGCAGGUGUGCACCCAGCUGCAGGCCAUGACCCUGGCCUUCCGCCAGCGCGACACCGCCCAGACCGGCCACGUGCGCAUGAGCUACGAGGACUUCCUGUCCAGCGCCGUGCAGCGGCUCAUGUGACAGACCAGGCCCCGCCCCCCAGUGAAGGACACGCCCACCUCCGAACCCGAGGCACUACACAUGCACACGCUCACACACACACCAACACUGACGCUUACACUCACACACACCAACACACACCAACACUGAAACUUACACACUCUCACACUC